AUGCAGGGCAGGCUUGAAAAUGCGCCUGAUCUGGCCAAGCGGAUGAAAGUAGAGGCGCACUGUGUGGAGAGAGGAAAAAAGUUCUCAACAAGGAGAGGCAGGACUACUCUUUACGGAGCCCCUGCAGUCUCACUUUUUUAUGCCUCUAAAAGACUUUCCCUGCCAUCUUUUUGCAAAUUUUUCGCUCUGCAACGCCGCUUUUACGCUUCCGAGAGAGAGAAAAUCCUACUUUUUGACUUAAGCGAAAGCACCAGCACCAUGGAGCUGCUCUGCCUCGAAAUGGACACCAUCAUACGAGCUCGUCCCGAUCCGAACCUCCUGUGCGAUGACAGAGUCCUGCAGAGCUUGUUGACUAUAGAGGAGAGGUUUCUACCCCAAUAUUCCUAUUUCAAAGGCGUCCAGAAAGAUAUCCAGCCGUUUAUGAGGAGGAUGGUCGCGACUUGGAUGUUGGAGGUUUGUGAGGAGCAGAAGUGCGAGGAAGAAGUUUUUCCUUUGGCCAUGAACUACUUAGACAGAUUUUUAGCAGUGGUACCCACCAAAAAGUGUAACCUGCAGCUGCUGGGAGCAGUGUGCAUGUUUCUUGCAUCCAAAUUGAAAGAGACUCGUCCAUUAACCGCAGAGAAGCUUUGCAUCUACACAGAUAACUCCAUCAGACCACAAGAGCUGCUGGAAUGGGAACUGGUGGUGUUGGGGAAGUUGAAGUGGAACUUGGCAGCAGUAACGCCGAACGACUUCAUCGAGCACAUCGUGAGGAGGCUGCCGCUGCCCGAGGAUAAGCUGGCACUUAUACGGAAACAUGUCCAGACCUUCAUCGCCCUCUGUGCCACAGAUUUCAGAUUCGCCAUGUACCCUCCCUCCAUGAUUGCCACAGGAAGUGUGGGGGCAGCGAUCUGUGGCCUACAGCUGGACUCAGCCGACCAGUCGCAGUGGGGUGACAAUCUGACAGACCUGCUGGCCAAAAUCACAAACACAGAAGUGGAUGUUCUCAAAGAGUGCCAGGAGCAGAUCGAGCGCGUGUUGGUGAGCAGCCUACGCGAAGGCCGGCAGCAGCAGCAGCAGCAGCAGCAGACCCAGAGAGGCACCAGCGGCAAAGGCAUGGACGAGCUGGACCAGUCCUCCACCCCGACAGACGUCCGCGAUGUCAACUUGUGAACCAGCAGAGGGCGUCAUUGCACAGGAUUUACGACGACAACAACAACAACAAAAAAACAACAAAAAAAACAUCGUGAAAAAAACCUCAAUUUUAAUUAAAAGCAGAA